UGGACUUCCGUAAUUUCAUUUCAUUAAUUUAAUUUUGUUGUAUGAUAUAUGAGUCAAGAAAUGCAUUUAUUGCAUUAUUCUGUGUAAAAAAAACAAUGCAAACUAUGCCUAAAGCGGUAAUAAACCUUUUGAAGUGAAGCUAUAUUGAUUAGUAGUGAUCGCUUCUGUGAAAAAUGUCGGUGCCAAUUCUCGUCGGAUUACAUGAAAUUUAGCGAUGCCUUUACCUGUAAUGUUAGUAAAUAUGGACACAGUGAAAGUGGAGGAACAGUCCGAGUUGUUGGCUUGUCGGAUUUGUCUGGCUUCAGACGUGAUAUUGUAUCACAUUCGCGAGUCGGGCUUAGAACAAAUGUUUUCGGAAAUCAUGGGAACUUCGCUGUCAGCAUGGGACGGGCUCCCACAACACCUGUGCGCGUGGUGCCGCGCGCAGUUCGCGCGGGCGCAAGCGCUGCGCGUGCGCUUCCACCGCGCCGACGCGCUGCUCAAGCAGGCACUCGUACACCAGCAUAUUAUAACAAACGAAUUUAUACGCACAAUCAACCGCUCAAUGCACAACCUCACGCACACUCUCUCAACCCAAAUGUUUAACGAAGACACUACUUAUUACUUUAACUACGAGGCACAAGUGGAUUUAUACAAUACAAUUCUCAUAAAUAACAAUGGACAAAUGAAUGCCGAUGUCGAAAAUGAUGACGUGAAUAAUGAUGUCGAAAAUGAUGAUAGACCAAAUAAUUCCGGUUCGGAGAUAGACGUAGACAAAUUUGAACUUGUGCAUGACAUCAAAGUUAAAUUAAAGGAUAAUAUUAGUAACAUAGAUGCAAAUCUAAAUUUACCUGAAGAAGAAAUAGUAGAAUAUUCAGAUUCACAGUUUAAAAAGGUAAAAGCAAAGAAAAAGAGACUGUCAAGAAAAAGGUAUGAUAAGAAGAGUAAAUAUACAAAGAAAAUAGAUCAAAUAAAAAUAGUAGAAACAAGGUCUGAUAAAGAAGUAUACACAAAUGAUAAAAAAAGACCGACUAGACGAAAAAUUAAAGAGCAAGAAGCAGACAAAGGAAGAAAAAGAAAAGAACGGUCAAAGCAAAAAUUUUGUACUGAAGAAGAUUUCAAAGAAUUUGAAAAGAAAUACGAUUUCCAAGUGCAGUGUUUGACAGAAAAAGAAAUGGAGAAGGAGAUGGAGAAAAGAAAAGAAUCUGACAAGUAUCUUAAAGGAGAGUACAAGUGUGAGUUGUGUUAUAAAGGCUUCCUGACGUCUGUCACGUACGAGAACCACAUGAAGACUCAUGAUCCGGCGCGUGGCGAGCACGUGUGCGGGCUGUGCCACGUGCGCUACCAGUUCCCCGUGAAGCUGCGCCAGCAUGUACAGAAUACCCACCGGCUUAAGUUUCGAUGCGCGAGGUGCAACGAACUCGUGCGCGGCAAGGCGUGCGCCGUGCUACACGCCGCAUACCACGCAGGCACCACCUUCCAGUGCGCGCAUUGCGACAAACAGUUCCUCAAGAAGACAUCGCGUACUUCACACAUGCGCAUGGCGCAUCCGGCGGAGAACGCGGCCGGCGGCACCUGCGAGGUGUGCGGGGAGACCUUCACGAGCCGGACGGGGCUCAAGGCCCACAAGACCCGCAGCCACAAGAAGGUUAAUUUGCCUGAACUAAGAUGCCGGAGGUGCAGGACACAGUUCGAAAACAUGGACGCUCUGAAGAGGCAUAAAGACACGUACGCAAACAACAAGUGUGAUUCCAACUUGAGUGCGUGCUCGCAGUGCGGCGAGAGCUGCGCGAGCGCCGACGCUCUGAUCCUGCACGCGCACGCGCAGCACGGUGUGCAACUGUACACCUGCGACACUUGCACGAAAUCCUUCACAUCAAAGCCGUCGCUCGCCACGCACAUCGACCGCGUGCACCGCCUGCUGCGGCCGCCCAAGGCCGACUACAGCGACGGCGGCCGCCGCUCGCAGCCCGACUGGCUGCACUGGGCCUCCGUGUGCGAGCACUGCGGGAAGCGGCUGUCCUGCCUGGCGACUCUGAAGAUACACAUGAACAAACACACGGGCGAGAGGCCGUACAAGUGCUCGCUGUGCCCCAAGGCCUACAUGACGCCCUACGGACUUAACAACCACCAGGCGUUCCACACGGGGGUGAGGAAGUGGCAGUGUCCAGAGUGUCCCGCUACCUUCAUGCACCAGUCCUCCGUCUACCAGCACAGGAAGAUACACACAGGCGAACGCUCCCACCAGUGCACGAUCUGCGAGAAAUACUUCACGCAGUCCGGCUCGCUCUACACUCACGUCAAAUACGUGCACAUGAAGGAAACUCCGCCUCCGCGCAAGCGGAACAGGAAGCCUGUCCAACAGUAGGAGCCUUUGGGUCUUUAGAAAUACUUCACACAGUCCGGCCUGUCCAAUAGUAGAGCCUUUACAGGUAUACAUAGGCGAGCGCUCCCCCUAGUACACGGUCUGCGAGAAAUACUUCACGCAGUCAUGCUCGCUUUACACUCACGUCAAAUACGUGCACAUGAAGGAAACUCCGCCUCCGCGCAAGCGGAACAGGAAGCCUGUCCAACAGUAGGAGCCUUUGGGUCUUUAGAAAUACUUCACACAGUCCGGCCUGUCCAAUAGUAGAGCCUUUACAGGUAUACAUAGGCGAGCGCUCCCCCUAGUACACGGUCUGCGAGAAAUACUUCACGCAGUCAUGCUCGCUUUACACUCACGUCAAAUACGUGCACAUGAAGGAAACUCCGCCUCCGCGCAAGCGGAACAGGAAGCCUGUCCAACAGUAGGAGCCUUUGGGUCUUUAGAAAUACUUCACACAGUCCGGCCUGUCCAAUAGUAGAGCCUUUACAGGUAUACAUAGGCGAGCGCUCCCCCUAGUACACGGUCUGCGAGAAAUACUUCACGC